AGCGGCGGGACGCGACUGUGCUUACGCUGGUUUAGCCUUGAGUGGCCCCUGGUGUGCUGGUCAGGGACAGGGCCAUCGCGGCCUAUAGCCUGGCCCACUGAUCAAAGGCGGGAGGAAGGCGAGCCCGUCUCAACCCCAGGUGGUCCUCUCAGGCAACGCUCGCGGUUCUACCCUCCCGACUCCCGUCUGUGCCGCGGGAGCAAAGUCGGGUGGGUGCACAGCACCAGGCCGGUUUUGAACACGUGGCCGCCAGGCGGAGCUCUCAGGAUUCAUAGUCCCCAGCUGCGAAGGUUGCCGGAGAAAUCGCCGGCCCCAGAAAGGGUUGGGGGUUCAAGGUCACAUCGUAGUUCAAGACUGAGACCCCCAGAGGAAGUGGACCACCUACUACCCACUAUGAUGCUGGCUGCUCGCCUCUCCAGACCCCUGUCACAACUCCCGGGGAGGACCCUAAGUGUCUGUGACAGAAAAAAUGGAACAAGACACUCGCUGUUGUUUUGCUCUGCUUCCUGGACCCCCAAGGGCCAUCGGGCUUACGCCAGCGAGGUGAACCCGGCUGGAAGCAAAGCUGUCCUGAUCACAGGCUGUGACUCUGGCUUUGGGUUCUCUUUGGCCAAGCACCUGCAUUCAAAAGGCUUCAUUGUGUUUGCCGGCUGCUUGCUGAAGGACAAAGGGGACGAUGGGGUCAAGGAGCUGGACAGCCUGAACAGCGAGCACCUGAGAACCGUCCAGCUCAAUGUGUGCAGCCCUGAGCAGGUGGAGAAGGCGGUGGAGACAGUGCGCUCGAGCCUGAAGGACCCUGAGAAAGGGCUGUGGGGCCUGAUUAACAACGCGGGCAUCUCGACUUUCGGGGAGGUAGAGUUCACCACCAUGGAGACCUACAAGGAAGUGGCAGAAGUGAACCUCUGGGGCACAGUGCGGACGACAAAAUCUUUCCUCCCACUCCUCCGAAGAGCCAAAGGCCGCGUGGUCAACAUCAGCAGCAUGCUGGGCCGCAUGGCCAACCCAGCCCGGUCCCCAUACUGCAUCACCAAGUUUGGGGUGGAGGCCUUCUCCGACUGCCUGCGCUAUGAGAUGUACCCUCUGGGCGUGAAGGUCAGCGUGGUGGAGCCAGGCAACUUCAUCGCCGCCACCAGCCUGUACAGCCCAGAGCGCAUCCAGGCCAUCGCCGCGAAGAUGUGGGAUGAGCUGCCGGAAGUCGUGCGCAAGGACUAUGGCCGCAAGUACUUUGAUGAGAAGAUCGCCAAGAUGGAGACCUACUGCAACAGCGGCUCCACAGACACCUCCCCCGUCAUCGAUGCUGUCACCCACGCCCUGACCGCUGCCACCCCCUACACCCGCUACCACCCCAUGGACUACUACUGGUGGCUGCGAAUGCAGAUCAUGACCCACCUGCCCGGAGCCGUGUCCGACAUGAUCUACAUCCACUGAAGGGUUUUGCUGUGACCCAUCUGGGAGCCGCAGUGGGAAGGGAGAGGUUGGGGUGGGUGGAGCACAUACAGUCACUUUGAUUAACCACUUGUGGGUCACUACUGUCCUUGGAAGACUCAUUUUAGCAUUAACAGAGUCAGUAACCCAGCCUGACUCACUCGUGUGCUGAGUGGCUCAGGUCUUCACAAAACAGGGUCCAGGUGAGGUGGCCUAGACCUUGGGGUGAACAUGGUGCAUCUAUCUGGAUUUGAUUUCAUAUGAAAAUUUUGGGAAACAUCUUUAUAUUAAACACAUUAACUAUA